AACCAAAGCCCGCCUUGUCGAAAUGGCGGCGCCAUACAGUAGACUGCUUGAUCUUGCGAAGGUCCAAUGUCGAAUCUUUUCACUAAACUUCAAUCCCGAAAGACUGAGACUGGGAAAUAAGAUCCUGCGACAGCGCUUGCGUGGCCCUGCACUUGCAGCAUGGUACCCGAGAAAGACAAUCUCGUUCAAGGAUCUGCAGGAAACGUGUAGCCGCUCAGGCCUAACAACGUUUGAUGAAUAUGAAGAUGAUCGCGAGGAGGCAAUUCAAAUAGCGAAGUUACGAGGAAAGGGUCGUCCGAAAAAGAAAAGGACAGCCGCAGAAUCCCGGUCGGCCAAGAAGAAGAAAUAGAUCUAUCAAAAUGUACGAUAAUAGGUAUGCGGUUUCUUGCACGACAAUAUCCGGUUUUCUGUGCGGUGUGGCCAAUAUCCAGGCAAUUAAAUUAUUGUUGACUCUUGCGCUUGUCCUUUUUUUGUUCUAAUUAUUUGCUUGCUGUUUUUAUGGUAUGAAUUGGAAAUCUAAUUGGAAAUUGAUGACAAUAUCAG